CUCUUGUUUUAAUUAUUCUUCAGUGUUUAUAAUACGAAUAAAAAGAAUUAUAAAUGAAUAUUGUAAAAGCUAUUUGAUAACUCUUUAACUGUCUGUUUAAAUUAUUAAAAUUAAAAGCAAUUGAGAAUAGACUAUGCAUAAGUAGGAGAAAUUCUUACAAUGUUCCACUUGUACUAUUUACUUGAGCAGAUCGUAACAUAUAUUCCAUAGUUAUUCAGUGUUAAUAUUUAUCCAGCUAAACUAGGUUAUUGUUCGUAUUCCAUUGUAAAGGGAAUAAUGGUAAAAGUUAACGACCGAGGAAGAAUAUUUGUUGAAAAUUGUACGACGUAAUAUGUAAUCGAUGUAUAUUAUAGUGGACGCACAGGAAAAAAUAAAAGUACGCCAUAUUUGUUUUUGAAGCAACUCAUCCUAUGUCCAAUUUACGAUAAUGGGGAAAAAAUAUCGAUUCAGAAAUAAGUUAAAACACGUGGAUUUGUUCGCGCUUUAAAAUUCUAAGCAAUACACAGCGAAUAAAAGGAAGGUAUGUAGGUGUUUCAAUUGGAGUAAUUGACGUGCCUUCAAGAUUUUGGCUGCAUAACAAGCAGAAGAUAUAUUAUGAUUCACUGUUUAUGUGUGUAAUGUACGUGCCUAUACUUAUUGCCUAUUAUACAAAUAAAAUUCUCUUAUAAAAUGGCGAAGAAUGAUGGUUCAAACAUCACAAAACAAACAUCGCAACAGUGUUUUUGUGCAAACACUGUUCGAGAGAAUGAAAGAAUGCUACACGAAUCAUGUCGUAGACAUCAAGCAGACACUAAAAACAAGGAAGAUUUCGAGAAGUUGUUUAUCAAACUCAAUUAUAUUUGUCAGCUUAAAGCAUCCAAGGAAGUGCAGGCGACUUCUUGGAGUAAUAAAAAUGUUAUAAACUACAUAUAUGGACCUAUCCCAGGAUUUCCAUCUGGUUCUUGGUGGGGUAUCCGUAUGGAUUGUUCCAGGGAUCGUGUUCAUGAUCCCUUUGAUGAAAAUAUUCAGAAUGGACCAUUCGGAGUUACUUCAUUUUGUACUUCAAGCAAUAAUUUGAACGAAGAUGUUGAUUUUGGUAGUUAUCUUACUCUUACAGGUCAAAAAUAUAUUAAUGGACAGACUGAUUGGGAUCCGCUAAUUAAAAAUUAUGAAAAUCAAAUACCAGUGAGAUUAAUUAGAAGUUACAAUUUGUUAAACGAAUUCGCUCCAAAAACGGGCUACAGAUAUGACGGUCUGUACAUAGUAGCAAACUUCUGGAUAGGUGUAAAUUCAGAUUCUACAAAGUACUACAAAUUCGCUCUGUUACGUUUAACUAAUCAAGAUCCACCAAUUUGGAGUAGUAAACAGACUUCCACGAGUACUAGUACGUCUUACUCCAUUGGGCAACUUGCAUCUUUGUCUCUUCAGAACAACUCCGAAAAUUCUUCUCCAAGUCCAUAUAAGUUUAAGAAAUGCCUGCACAGUUCCGAGCAUGUACAAAAAGGAAAGUAUGACAGAUCAACUGAAUCUUUGCAGUCUCCGAAUUUUGAAACUAAGAAGACAGAUGAAAAGGAAAGGGGUACCGCUGAAAGUGCGAUAGUAACUCGUCAUGUGUUUAAAAAAGGAAAUCCAGAUUGUACAGUCAGUACUCCUAGCACCUCUAUCAUGUCAGAGAACAAACCGUUAACUCAUAUUGGUAACCAAGGAUCUAAAGCUCACAGUACAAAUAUUUCCAUACGUACAGGCCUGUACGACUCGUCGCAUAGUACACAGCAUGACGUUAAGAGAAGUAGUACUUUGUCGUCGUUUUGUAGAACUGUUAAACCACUGAAUCUUCUUAAAACUAAUCAACAUACUGAAAUUUCAAGUUCAUCCAGUAAAGAUAAAAAUAAGACUUUGGAUGGAAAAGUACAAUCCAUUGGAGCAUAUGAAUUUCCUAAACGUGUGGAUUAUAUUUUGCCUAAUUCAGUAAAGUCAGAAACAUUGAAAAUAAAGGUAACUAAAGAUGUAAGUUCAGAAAAGAAUGAUAAUCCGAUGGAUGUAAAUUUAAGUCCUUAUUACAAGCAUGAAAACAACAUUAAUAAAACAUAUGAGGAUUUAACAAAUGAUUCCACAGAGAUCCAUGGAAGUAACGGAAGUUCAUCUGAAACAACCACUAAUAUCUUGAACACAACAAAUUUCUUAUAUAGGAAUGAUAAUUCAACAUUGAAAGAAGCACAAGAAUUAAAAUCAAUUAACUCCUUGGACACAUUGACGCCGGAUAAAAUUUUACACUUAAUUAACAACAAUUGUCAUCCUCUGUCAAAACUGCUCAUUGGUAAUAUGAUAGGACUAACAUCGGAACAAUCUAUAGACUUAAAACCACACGAUUUAUCAAUUGACAAGUCCGAGAACAAGACUAAAACAGCAAUGUCGAAGAGCAGUAUGAAAGAAACAAACGAAAAGAAAAAUAAUUCGGAUGAGUUAUCAACAUCGAGAUACUAUAAAUUCAGACGACAUAGAAGAUUAUCUAAAAAGAUGAUAAACAAGCAAGAGCUAAUGAAGUGCGAAAAUACACACGAUGGAGAAUUAGGAAAAAGGUCUGUGCAAUCUUCAGAUGCUUUGGAGCAGAGCGUAGCACCUUUUGAUAUGUGCAAUGGCUCGAAAGCAAAUAUAUCAGAGGAAGAGUCUUUGGAUUCAAAUAAACUCAACAAGGAGGUAAAAAAUAAAAUAGUGAGGCAGAAGAAAAUUAAUGGUCUUCAGGAAUCACCGAAAAAUAUGAAAAAGAACAUGGGCACCAGGAACGAAAUAAGGACACGUUUAAGAACUAUGAAAGCAAUUAAACCAUCUAUGAAGAAACAUAUAAAUAAAAGACAGAGACGAGAAAUUGCGAAUUUGUUAAUAGACGCGAAAAUUGGUCCAAAAGUGCGUGGUCCACGAAACAGAAGAUUACGGUGCAUUAGUAACACGUACUCUAAACAAUCAUGCGAACGUUAUGGGACUGGAAUAUGUACUCUGACCAAAUGUCGAAUUAACCCUGAAAUAUCUGGGCAGCAGUCUACGUUUAAAAAUCGAAAUGGAAUCAUCAAAAUUGGUAGCUGUAAACGUAUUAGGAAUAAGCAGACAGUAAGUAUUCAGAAGUCGGAAGCGUUAAAAGAGAAUAGAGUGCAAAAGAAUCUCACUCUUGCUAGGAAAGUAAAUAAAGACAAUGUAGAUGAUAAAAUUGUAAUUAAUAAUAGUAUUAAUACAAGUGAUGAUAACAAGAAACCGAAGGUUCUAAAAAGCAACGUUGAGCCGGCGAUGAGAGCCAUAGUGGUGAAUCGAAGAAAAAAAUUAAUACAACCAAUUCCCACUAAACUGAAGAACAUUAAAUUCGAGGGAGAGAUGCACAGUGACAGUGGGAAAGAAGUGUCGAAACCUUGUAAAACGGACGCGAUUACUCAAUGUUCCCUUAUCAAGGAGCCGUUAAUGAGAAAUCUGCAGUUAUACGAUUUUGGGCAGAAAUGUAAUCGCAACGAGCAAUAUACUUUCAUUAAAAUAGAAUACGGUGAGAACAAAGAUGUAAGAUCCGAAGUGUGCAAAGCUGCUAGAUCAAACAGUGAAAAGAAAAGUUAUCCGAAACAUAAAAUUGAGAAACAUAAACAUAUAGAGUCUGUAUAUAAUGCACAACACUCUAAAAACACGAGCACAUUGUCGGGUAAGAAUAUUUUGAAUACAAAGGAAGAAACUAAAUCAUCAAUGGAAAGAGUAUCUGCAUUCGUACCUGUUAAUGUUUUGGAUAAUGACUUGAAAAUUGCUCGUCUCAGAUCAAUAGGAUUCAAACCAAUCGCUUGUAGUAACAGUAGUAACGAAGUUACGCCUGACCAAAGUAAAAGAAACUCUUCUGGAACAUUUAUCAGCAAAGUUUUAAGGCAGAACGUUGCUGAAAAGUAUAACAAGUACACCAACGAAGAGAAUGAUAUCGUUGUAUAUAUGGAUGAGGAAUUGCAAUAUCAAGAUAUCGAGGAUGAAGAUAAGUAUUCAUUGUGCAAUAAACGCAAAGCAUUAAAAAUGGAGGGUUGCAGUUCGAACAACGAUGAAGCAGAAAAGGAAUCCAGCAUCGAUGCUAGAUUGUCCCUAGAACAAGAUUUAGAUUCACCUUGGCAUGGAUGGAAAAAGGUCGUAACAAAUACAAACAUAUACUGGGUUGGUUGGUAAAACAAACGAAUCUUGAGUGUAACAAAUAAUUUGUAAUUUUCUGUAUUAUUGUAUUAUCGUAAGGAAUUCCUCUAAAAAAAGAAAGCAAACAGAAAUAUACAAUAUAUUUAUAUAUAUAUAUA